AUGAAUUUCCAACAAAUAGAUCAAACGAGACGACAGUAUGAACUGGAACAUUACAAGAAAUCAGGCCGAUUUAGAGCUUAUUGCUGUGGGUGUAUCUCUGGAGAAAAGAACUCACUGAUCGUUUGUUUCUGUUGGGCAGGCAUCAGUUUCUAUUUUGCAAUUUUGGCCUUCAUGAAUAAAAGUCCAUUUUACUCUUACAUAGACGAGGUGGCAUUGGUAGCAUUUGGCACAAUUAAUUUGCUGUUUGGCAUUGUCACUCUCUGCAGUAUGGUGAUAUUUCUAAUCAGGAUGAAUGUUAUGAGAAUGCAAGGCGUAGGCGUAUUUGGUGUGAUAGACAAGUCAAAGAGAACGGUGUUUGCUAUCACUGCAAAUGCACUUGGGGUGCUGAUUAUCACUUUGGUCACCUUUAUUCUGUUCAUCAUCGACAAGCGAUCGUUCAACGACUGGUGCAUUGGAUCGUCAGCAGACUAUGUCAAAGAUGUGUAUAUAGACUAUCAUCCCAACUCCACAGUGACAACAUUGACAAGCCUUAAUUCUACACUGACAAGUACCACGGAUGCUUAUAAUUGCGAGAGGUUGUUCCAAGAUGAGGUAAAAUGGUCCUUGCUGUGCAUGGUUGUCAUGUAUGUGGUUUAUAUACACUGGAUACUGAUCAUAGCAGCUCGCACAUCCUACAACUUUUACAGGCAGCCACCCAUGAUGCCCAUGGUAGCAGGUGAAUUUGUCAACGUAGCUCCCUCCAAGAAGCGCAAAAAUAAGAUCAAUGUGUUCAACAAUAUAAAGCCAGCAAAAAGCUUCUGGAAAGAGCUUUUGGUGCACAAGCAAUAUGGAGAGUUCGAGCAUGGCAGCAUUGAAAGAGACUUAUUUCAGGAACAACUAAACGAGAAACCAGUCAUGGAUAAAAGACUAUCGAGUAACAUCACCCUCAUUGAUAAUGACACUGCUAUCUCACCGCCCAUGAAUGCAUUCCUGGCACAACCCGAUAACAAUAUACCUUACCAUUAG